CCAGCGGCGGUCCUGGCUGGGGACAUCCCGGUCCCUUGAGGUCCGGUGGCCUUUGUCCUGCUUGGCAGGUGACCAGCGUCAGGCUUCGGGGACCAGCGUGCCUUUGGCUUGGGUGGGAGACGACCCGCCGGCGUUUGUCUUCAGACUGGCAGCACACUGGAGUCACUCCUCCAGGCAGCGCUGGUACUGGGGCGGGUGGGGGACCGAGGACAGAGGUCACAGCUGGAACCUGCCGCCCCACCCCAUUUCCCUCUCGGACCCUCCUGGAGUGUCGCAGGAAAUGGGCGCUGACUUGGCAGGUGCCCUGGAGAAGGCGGCCGACUGGUUUUCCCAGAGCGGCUCUCCUGCCCCAGCCGCCCAGGGCCUGUGAAGCCCUCAUACCACAGUGCCGGUCCUGUGAAAGGUGCGGAUUUAGAGUAAAUCUUUUCCCGUGCUCCAGAGGCUACCUCAGGGCUGUGGCCCACUAGUCACACUCUCCCUGACCUUAAACCGCAAACUUAGUCACCUGGGGUUCGGUUUGGAAGUUGCAAGAGUGGGGGAGAGGAUGCUAAGCGGCGGGAGUCUGAGCCGCAGGGAUCUUACCCGCAGAAGCACAGAGGAGUAGAACGCGGGUUUCCCCCUUGCUCGGACCUCUUGGACACCUCAAAGGACUGGCCCGAGUGGAGAGUGGAGAGGGACUGGUUGACUAGAAAGGAAGUUCCCUUAAGCAGGUGGAUGAAGUGGGCGUGAGUCCUGGCAUGGGAACUUCAUCCUGCCUGCAGACUCAUCCUGCCUGGGUACUGUGGAAGACCACUGCCCACUUCAGCUUCUGCCGGACCCUCCUGGAGCACACAGUGUCGGCUGAGAGCAUCCCUUGCCACUUGCCUCGGAUGCCGGGUUCCAGCUUCACAUGGCACGACCCCCGUAGCCAGAGAGGAUCCAGCAGCAGGCCCGUCAAGCUCCUGCAGCAGCCCGGCACAGAGACCCCCCAGGGCCAGCUGUACUCUGAGCACUGUGGCCUGUACCACACGAGCCCCUCUCUGGGUGGGCUGGCACGGCCUGCAGUCCUGUGGAGCCAGCAGGAUGUCUGCAAGUGGCUCAAGAGACACUGUCCCCACAACUACCUCGUCUACGUCGAGGCCUUCUCCCAACACGCUAUCACUGGCCGGGCUCUGCUGAGGCUGAAUGCAGAGAAGCUGCAGCGGAUGGGGCUGGCACAGGAGGCCCAGAGGCAGGAGGUGCUACAGCAGGUGCUCCGCCUGCAGCUUCCUUUGGAAAUAUGUCCUAGCUGCUGCCAAGGCUUGAACCCCAGACCCCAGCACUGUGACCAGUGACCAGGACCCACAACCAAGGAUGAGGCAGAGCUGGCCUUGCAGCCCUUCUCGGACCCUGCACAAUGCCUGGCUGGCCAAGCCUGGCCCAUUGGACAGGCAGGACCAGGACUGCCACCUCCAGGUGCCUCUGGUCAGGCACUCCAGGUCGUACCCUGGGGCUAGGUGGGCAUGGGCUACUUGCAUGUGGCCCCCUCCAAGGACUUGAUUCUAGGCCCAUCCCUUGGUGCUGUUGGCAACAUGCCACAGGUCAGCUGCCUGGAGCCAGAGUGGGUUGAAUGACCCUGGACUCCAAGGGAGUCUCUUUAUGUCCCCUUCAUCAUGUGACCACCCCUUCACCUGGCAUCUCUACAGUUCGGUGUCCUCCCCAGCAUCGCCAGAUCAGCUGCACAGUGAGCCAGACUGCAUCAGCUCCCUCUGGCUUGUGUUUUCCCUCCACCCCCACCAGAGCCCAGCAGGCCCAACCCAUUGUCCAGAGUUGUGGAUCAGCACCUGCCCCACUCAGUACCAUGCCGAGACUUCACUCAUUAUUUAUGACACCCUUGCUACACCCACAUCUACUUUUGGGAACUGAGACUGAAAGAGGCCCAGGAUGCCCAAUCCCCGAAGGCCAAAUUGGCACAACAAAGACUCUAGCCCUGUGCAGGAGACUCCAUGCCCAAUGCCCACCAGGUUUGGUGGUGCCCCUGCCCUUGUCUACAAGAGAGUCUCUUUUAAGCAUCUUCUAUAUUCCCUGGCUCUUGGACUUAACUUUCAAGUAGCAUUAGUGCAUGUGGGUAUUCCCCUUACCCCUUUCCCAAAACCCUGGAUUCACAGGAGAAACUGUACAGGGGGCUACACCAUGUCUACCACCCCAUGCCUGCGCAGCCCUCCCUGGGAGGUUGGGAACUGGUACUACCAGAAGAGGGACUGUGAGUGUAACCCUGGAAGUCCCCACCAUCGUCUUGCUCCUCUGCCUCUCCCACCCCCCUGGGGACUCUGGAAGUCUCAGGGACAAGUAAGGAUGAGCCUGCAGUCCCCAGUUCUCCAGCUCAGUCAUUGUAGGUUCCAAGUGAAAUUUGGACAACUUGCCUGGCGUGUCCCAUCCUUUGUGCCCCUACCCAUGGGGAACCCGCCUCUUGUACCUGGCUGCCUGACGAUCCCCUCUCUGUACAUCAGCCUUCAGCCAGAGGGCCCAUCUUGGCCCCUUUCUCCCUCCUCUGUCUUGCCCAUCCUGUACUCCUGUCCUGUCUUCCUUGUUUUUCAUUCACUUUUUUAUACUCUGACAAAAAAAUAAGAAAUAAACCUGGUUCUCAAGUGCCCACA